GGCUGCUUAGAAAUAGAUGUGCAGGCGGCGGACGCUCGCACACUGCAGGGAAAUGAACCCCGACGAGCCGGACAGAGCUGCUCUCCUUCUCCUCCAGAGGAACACCAGCCGCCGUCCGGGAUCAUGCUGUUCUUUCAUACGACUCACUUAUUCUCGCCUCAUUGGAUCGCUGCUGAGUGAAAGAGAAAGUCCACACUGGAUUUGAAUCCUACGCACUUGUCUAUUUUUUGUCGUUUUUCUUGUUUUGUUUUUAAUCUACCACAGAGGAGUAGAUCUUUUAUACUUGAUGUCUAAAUAACUCCAAAGGGGGAUUUUUUUUUUGUGUCUGGCGAUUAUCUUCUUCCCAUAUUUUGGAUUAUUGGUGCAGAAAGGAGACAUGCUGAUCAUAUUUGUGAUCAUUCUGGCCGUGUUGUCAGAUGCAGGCUCCCUGGAGGUGUUCCGGGCCGGUGUGGCCCCCCGCUGCGAGAGCCGCGCCUGCAACCCCCGCAUGGGGAACCUGGCGCUGGGCCGGCGCGUCCUGACGCAGACGGUGUGCGGCCUGAACGGCACCGAGCUGUCCUGCUCCUACUCGGACCCCGACCACAACCGGGCCUGCAGCGCCGCGCAGUGCGCCAAGUGCAACGCCGGCCUGCCGCACCUGUCGCACCUGGCCUCGGCCAUGAGCGACUCCUCGUUCCGCCACCCCAACACCUGGUGGCAGUCCGCGGAGGGCGCGGAGCCGGAGACGCUGCAGCUGGACCUGGAGAGCAUGUUCUACUUCACGCACCUCAUCCUGGUGUUCCGCUCGGCGCGGCCCGCCGCCAUGACGCUGGAGCGCUCGCAGGACUUCGGCCGGACCUGGAGGAUGCUGCAGUUCUACGCCAAGGACUGCAACGACACCUUCGGGCUGGAGGAGGGCAAGGCUGGCCCGGGCCGGGAUGGAGCCACCUGCACCUCGAAGUACUCAGGGGCAUCCCCCUGCAGGCGGGGAGAGGUUAUCUACCGAGCCCUCCCAAAGUGGCAGUCCCUGGAUCCGUUUGGGCUGGAGGGCCAGCAGCAGCUGAGGGUGACCAACAUCCGCAUCCGCCUGCUGAAGGUUCAGGCGUGCCCCUGCCAGGCCAAAGACCUCGUCUCUGCACGCGAAGCCCUUCCCGCUCAGCACUUUGCCAUCUAUGAUCUCAUUGUGAAGGGAAGCUGCUUCUGCAACGGCCACGCCGAGCAGUGCGUUCCUGCACCCGGAUACCAGCCCAUCAGAGACAGGACCAACCACGUGGUCCAUGGGAAGUGUGUGUGCAGACACAACACUGCAGGUGAUCACUGCGAGCGCUGCGCUCCUCUGUACAACGACCGACCCUGGCAGCCUGCCGACGGACUGACGGGGGCGCCGCACGAGUGUCGAAAGUGCAAGUGCAACGGUCACGCUCAGAGCUGCCACUUCGACUGGAUGGCAUGGCGCGCGUCUGGCCAGAGAAGCGGAGGCGUGUGUGACUGUCUGCACAACACCGAAGGACGCCAGUGUCAGAACUGCAAGGCCGGGUUCUACAGAGACCCCCAGCGGCCGCAAACCGCUCCGGACUCCUGCAAACCGUGCAACUGUCACCCUCUGGGCUCCUUCCACCUGGCCGACGGCUCGUCAUGUGACGCGUCCAACGGAAACUGCAUCUGCAAGCCUGGCGUAGGUGGCGUGCACUGCGACAGGUGUAUGGUGGGCUACUGGGGCUUCCACGAGUACGGCUGCCGUCCUUGUGACUGUGCAGGAGAGUGCGAUCCAUUUACUGGAGACUGCAUGUUUGGCUAUGAUCUAGAUCAGUACAACCAAGAAGGAAACUCCAGUGACCCGGUCCAGAUCUUCAGAGUAGAUGAACUCUUCUCUGCUUUGCACUACUCAGAGAAGUGUGAGUGCAAGGAACAAGCGCUGACGAACAGUAAACUCUUUUGCACCAUGAAUUAUGCAUACGUGCUGAAAGUGAAGGUGCUGUCAGCUCAUGACAAAGGCUCCCAUGCUGAGGUGGAGGUCAAGGUUCAGAAGGUGCUCAGUCAGAACACCAAACUGAAGAUACAGCGUGGCCAAGUCACGCUUUACCCCGAGUCCUGGACGGCUCGGGGCUGCACCUGCCCCAUCCUAAACCCAGGCUUGGAAUAUCUGGUGGCGGGUCACUCGGACCGCAAGCAGGGCCGGCUCCUGGUAAACAUGAAGAGCUUCGUCAAGCCCUGGAAAGCCAGUUUGGGCCGGAAAGUCCUCACACUGCUCAAGAAAGACUGCAACUGGUAGAUGGACAGACUGAAAAACACUGAACGGGCAGGUUAUGCGACAGAUGAGACUGUUUGGGGGUGUUUUUUUUUGUCCUCCCUUAACCUGUCCUUCAGGUGUGGAUUUUUAAAUUGCACAGAUGUGGCAGCAGAUUUGGGGAGCUGAACUAAGAUGAUUGACCUUUCCAAGCCUCUGAAGUUGUCCAGUCAGAGCACAAAGCUGGUGGACUGCAUGAACUGAAAGCUCACAAGACAUCAUUUUAUUAAAACCCUCUGCAUCUGAGCAAACUUGAGGUUCAUGCAAAAACAUUCUUUUACUGAUCAAAUCAGUGCUGUCCAACACUGAGUGGCUGAAUGAUCCUUAAAUCCAUCCUCAAACAUUACAAAACAAAACCUUCUUCUUCCUCCUCUGCAGCACUUUAGCCUAAGAUGGACUGAGAAACCACGGACGCACAAACAGAGGAGGAUUAAACAAAACCGUACACACGAGCCCUCAACAUGGACUGUGGACGUUCAUUCUUUCCACGGUGGACACGGUCACACAGGCAAACGUGUGGACGUGAUGCAAACACAAUGUGCAAAGCACUCAGAGUGAUGCGAAACAAGCCAUACAAGCCACUACAAGUGGAUCAAUCUUAACCAGUCCAGGUGUGCCUGUGUUGAAAUCAGAGCGAAUGGGUUUUACCCCAAACAUGAAUGUAUUUGCCUGACUGUGCCGUUUUGUGUGUGCACGUGAGAUAUUGAGUGGUUGAGAGCAGCAGUAUAAUACAAGCACACUCCAGAAUCAGUCCAGCUCUGAAGCUUCCUAGUAUGUUUGAACCGAUCCAGUACUUCAUAAUGUGUAUUGAUUCAUCAUAUAAUAACAGUCUACUGCUGAACUCAGAACAUUUCUUAUUCCUUCCUUUGUGCCCAUGUACAGUUUUACUUGUAUAUAUCUAUAUAAAUAUUAUUGCUCA